CGUUUCUCACCCGUCUAACCGGUCAACCCCCUGCUCUCCUUGUCCUCCUUCAACCCUAUCUCUUCCUCCACACGACCCUUCCCCCCUCAUAUAUUACGGUAGAGUACUACUCUCAGAUAUAUAUAAACCCAUAAUCCCACCACUCCCAUUUCCGUCCCUCUCAAACUCAUAUCCCUAAGAAACACUAACCAAAACACACUGCCCCUCUCUCUUUUCUCUUCUCUUCUCUCUCUAACUUACAUCAUCUCUCUCUACUGCCCAGAAUAUCCGAUUACAUGUUCUUCUUGCUUUGAGAAAAAAAAAAAAAGGCAAUGGCAAAUAUAAACAAUAAUAUCAGUGCUAGUACUACUAUUACCGUGAGAAAAGAUGCUGAUCGAAUCAAAGGUCCGUGGAGUCCCGAAGAGGAUGAUCUCUUGCAACAACUGGUUCAAAAGCAUGGACCUAGAAACUGGUCCUUGAUUAGCAAAUCCAUUCCCGGAAGAUCCGGCAAGUCAUGCCGCUUACGCUGGUGUAACCAGCUUUCUCCUCAAGUCGAGCACCGGGCCUUCACUCCCGAGGAAGAUGACGCCAUCAUCCGGGCUCAUGCCAAGUUCGGCAACAAAUGGGCCACCAUAGCCCGAUUGCUCUCCGGUCGCACCGAUAACGCCAUCAAGAAUCAUUGGAAUUCCACUCUCAAGAGAAAGUGCUCUUCCAUCACUUCCUCCGACGAAGCUACCAACGACUAUUCCAACGACUUUCCACUCCACCACCACCAACCCUUGAAGAGAACCGCCAGCACUGGGUCCGGCGGACACGUCUCGGGUGGCUUGUCCUUGAACCCGGGCAGUCCGUCCGGCUCCGACGUCAGCUCUUCAAGCCUUCCCAAUACCUCCUCUUCUCACGUAUUUAAACCCGUUGCUAGGGCUGGCCCCGUUUUUCCUCCUCAUCAGGUGGUGGAGACGACUUCGGAAAACAUUACUGAUCCUCCUACUUCUUUGAGCCUCUCCUUACCUGGAGUUGACUCCACCGAGGCGUCCACCCGCUCAACCGACUCAACUCAACCAAAGGCUCCGAUUCAACUCCUUCCUCCUCCCCCGCCUCCAUCACCACCAGCACCGGUUGACCAGCAGAACGGCCGUAAACAAAUAGCUUUUGGGUCUCAGGUUCAGCCGCAGGAUAAGGUAUUUGUUCCUUUCACCGGGGAGUUGUUGGCGGUGAUGCAAGAGAUGAUAAGGAACGAGGUGAGAAACUACAUGAUGGGAAUGGAGCAGCAGCAGAAUCUUCAUCAACAGCAUCAGCAGCAGCAGCAGCAGAUGAUGAUGAUGCACGGCGGGAUUGGAAUGGGGAUGGGGAUGGGGAUGUGCAUGCAGCAGGCCUCUGUUGCUAAUGAGGGGUUUAGGAAUGCGGCCGUCAAGCGUGUUGGAAUCAACAAGAUCGAUUGAGGGUAAGAUGUUGAAAUUCGAUCAGUUGAAGCUUCUGGGAUGUUCGAGAAAGAAACGACCUUUGUUUCGGUUUCUCAGUAGAGUCCCAAAUGGGCCUUCAUAAGAAUGAUGGAAAGAGACGAUUUUGGCCUAUGUACAGAAGAGAGAGAAGGCGUAGUAGGCAAGGGGGAAGAUAGCAGGAGUGAAGAGAGUUUGGGAAAGAACCGGGAGAGAAACAAACACCCCCCAAAUUAACUCCCCCUCCCCCCAGCAAAAAAGAAUUAAGUUUAUUUUCUUUCAUUUUUUUUUUCGCCCUUAAAAAUUGUAGCUCCGGCAGUUUAGGAACAGAAAACAUGGGACAGAAAAUGUGAAGUACCCCAAAAAAAGAGGAAAAAAAAACCUAAUUUUAAAUUUUCAAUCAAUCUUAAGCUUUUUGUAUGCAUGCUCGGAUAUCACUUUACCAGUUU